GAGAGAGCGCGCGCGUGCGUGCGUGUGCGUGUGUGUGUGUGUGAGUGUCAGUAUCAUCAGCACUAUCAGCUUGUUCAGCACUAUGUGCUGUUGGGACACUCAGACACAGAAAUGGCACCGUUCGACUUGAAAGGUGUUUUUCUUUCUGCGUUUGAUUACAAGACAGAAAAAUACGUCAUCGCCAAAAACAAGAAAGUCGGCGUCCUCUAUCGACUCAUACAGCUAUCAAUAAUCGGUUAUAUAAUCGGGUGGGUGUUUGUGAUGAAGAAAGGCUAUCAAGAGGAGGAAGAAUCUCUGCAGAGUUCAGUCAUAACUAAAGUGAAAGGGGUCACGUUCACGAACACGGCAGGCUCCGAACCCUGGCUUUGGGGUCCUGAAGAUUAUGUCAUCCCACAACAGGGUGAAGCUGUGCUCUUCAUUACCACAAAUUUUAUCACAACCCCAAACCAGAAAUUAGGAUACUGUGCUGAGAGUGUUAAGGUGCUUGACGGUCAAUGCCGUGGGAAUGAAGACUGCACAGAAGGAGACACUGUAAUAGCUGGCCAUGGAAUUAAGACAGGACGCUGCUUAAAGAAAGACCGGAACUCUACAGGUACCUGUGAAAUAUACGGCUGGUGCCCCAUUGAACGAAGCAACCGACCAGAUGCGCCUUUGUUAGGAAAAGCUGAAAACUUCACCAUAUACAUAAAGAACUUCAUCAGAUUCCCCAAGUUUGACUUCUCAAAGUCAAAUGUUUUGGAGACGGCAGAUGACGCGUAUCUGAAGAACUGUUCAUAUGAUAAGCUCGCUCAUCCUUACUGCCCCAUAUUCCGGCUUGGUGAUGUAGUCCAGAGAACUGGACAUGAUUUUCAAGACCUGGCCGUGCUGGGAGGAGCAAUAGGAAUCCUAAUAGAGUGGCACUGUGACCUGGAUAAAGGAUACUCAGCUUGCCACCCGAGCUACAGUUUCACGCGACUGGAUGUGAAUACUACAGCCAGUGCAAUCUCAUCAGGGUACAACUUCAGAUAUGCACGGUAUUUCAAAAAUGCUGACGGAGAGACCCACAGGACACUUUUUAAGGUGUAUGGGAUUCGCUUCGACAUAAUGGUUCACGGCAAGGCUGGAAAGUUCAAUAUAAUUCCCACGAUCAUAAACAUAGGCUCGGGUCUUGCGUUAAUGGGUGCUGGGGCGUUUUUCUGUGACAUGGUCCUUCUCUACAUGAUGGAGAAAAGCACCCUGUACAGGAAGAGGAAAUUUGAAACAGAUAAUAAGUAUGGCACACAAACACCAACCCCAAAGAAUGGAAAUAACAACAGGGAGAGUACAGACAUGUCUGAGGUGGCUGUGAAACAGCCACCAGAGCUGGAGCAACUCACACACCAGGAACAACAGAUUUACCCAAAGGACAAAGGGACAAAAUCAUGUGACUCUACAUAAACUAUGGCUUUUUUUUUUUUUUUAAAUGGACAACAGCCACAAAAACCUGACUCUAUCCCAUACCGAAUGCAUCCUUUCCACUGACCACCACUGCUACAUGGAACUACCUGUCCUUAAAGUGACUUUAAGGACUUUUGUGAUCACUAUGCAAAGUCAUUAGCCAUGCAAUAAUGUACUUACUUGAAGAUGGAAGCAAUAACACCUCAUAUGUAAUUGAAUAUUGACCUGUGGUGUUUAUUACAGUUAUUAUAGAUGAUUUUAUCAUCACUGUUAUUUAUGACUCCUGCACUGAAACUUUGAAAUGCACUGUGAUGGAACGUCUUUACCAAAUGUAUCACCAGAUUCAUAUGUGAAUAUUUAGUCUUUUUUUUACUUCACCUGCCAGUUCCCACCCACCAGCCCGGGUAACACAUGCUUCCUCGGAGACGUGAAGCUAGCCAACCACGUUUUUGAACUGCUGUUCUUUCUGCGUCACAGGGCGGCGUAACACACUCCGAGGAAUGCAUUAUCUGCCUUAUUCCAUGUAGGUGAGCUCACAGACACCCAUAAGUACAUAGUGUUGCUGUGAUUGAUAGUAGAGAGGGAGGAUAAGACCCCUCCCACCCAGAGAGAACGGCCAAUUUUGAUUCCUAGACUACCCAGCAAUGGAUGGCUGUGACAUUGUCAGAGGCAGUAGUGUUGUAUCAUCAAGGCAGUCUAAAUUUAUUCUCUUAUAGAUAUACACUAUCCAGGAGGAAUUAAUUAGGCAGGUAGAAUAGCAUCGUAGGCCCAAAAGCAUUACCCUGUACAAUGCUUUCAUUCUCUUUCCGCUUUUCCUGAUAGGGCUCGUGGUGGUAAUAGGCUGAGACGGUCAAUCCAGAUUUCUCUGUCCCCAGCCAUAGAUUCAAGCUCCUCCUGGGGAAUCCAACUGUGAGAUCUAAUGUCUGUCCCGGAGCCCGAUACAGCUUAAGAGGCAGCCGACCAGAGGCCAUCCUUGGAAGGUGCUGAAACCACCUAAAUCAGCACCUCUCAUUUCAGAGGAGAGUGAGAACAGUUCACUCUGUUACAUUUCUGUAUUACGGGUUCUUUAUUCGAAUAUUUUGGGAUACUGGAUUUUUGAUUUCCGUGAGCUGUAAGCCGUAAUCAUCAAGAUUAUAAUUUUUUUUUAAAGGCUUCAAAUAUUUCACUUUAUGUGUAAUGAAUCUAUAACAUAUGAAAGUUCCACUUUUUUAAUUAAAUUACAGGAAAAAAAAUUAAA